AUGUCUGUUAACUACUCCGAUGGUCUGUCUCCAUACAAUCACAAAGGCCGAUGUGGACUACCAGAAAAAUAUGACUCACCUGAGGAAAUCAGUGAAAAAGUCCACCAGCUGGCAGAAUGGGUCAAAUCUAGCCAACACUUUGUGGUACACACUGGAGCUGGAAUCAGUACAGCUGCAGGAAUUCCAGACUUUAGAGGACCUAAAGGUGUUUGGACACUAGAAGAAAAAGGAGAGAAGCCGACGAUCAACGUUACCUUUGACAAUGCACAGCCUACAAGGACUCACAUGGCUUUGGUAGCCCUGGAGAGAGCUGGUUAUGUGAAGUUUGUGGUCAGUCAGAAUGUUGAUGGUCUCCAGAUACGGUCAGGAUUUCCUCGUAAUCGUCUGUCUGAACUUCAUGGAAAUAUGUUUGUGGAGGAAUGUGACAAAUGUGGAACCCAGUACAUCAGAAGCUCUGCUGUACCAACAAUGGGCCUCAAGCCAACAGGGAACUCAUGCCUGAAAACCAAACCUAGGGGAAGUGUGUGUAGAGGCAGGACGAGGGACACUAUACUGGACUGGGAGGAUGCCUUACCAGAAAAUGAUUUAGAUCUUGCAGAUCUGAAUUCAAGGAAAGCUGAUCUCAGUCUGUGCCUUGGGACAUCUUUACAGAUAAUUCCCAGUGGGAAUUUACCGCUGUUAACACGCAGAAAACAUGGAAAUCUUGUCAUUGUAAAUCUACAAGCAACCAAACAUGACCGCCACGCAGAUUUACGUAUUCAUACUUUUGUUGAUGAAGUUAUGACUCAGUUAUGCCACAUAAUGGGAGUGGAAAUUCCAGAAUAUGCAGGACCAGUUGUCAACCUAGAAUCUGUUCAUACUGUAAAGGGAGAAAAGAAAUUGAAAGUUUGUAUUAGAGAUCAAGUCUUGGUAUCAACCAUUGUGAAAACAGAAAUACAAAAACGCAAAAAAACUGGCAUUAAGAGUGAACCUGCUAGGCGAAAUACAGGUACUCUUGAUGCUGGAACUAACUUGGCUGUGAAAUGUGACGUUAAAAGUGAACCUGCCAGACAAAACACGAUUCUUGAUGCUGGAACUAACUUGGCUGUGAAAUGUGACAUUGACUCUGAUGAUCAGCAUAAACAUAGAAGUCCAUCCUCCACAGACAACUCUCUGAUGGUAGGUAAACAGGAUUCAGAAUCUGAAUCAUUGUCGCCACCAAAUACAACGCAGGAGUCUGGCUCACAUGGCCUGCUAACAAAACAGGAAACUAGCUCACAGGGUCUGUUAACAGGACAGGAAACUAGCUCACAGAGUCUUUUAACAGGACAGGAACUAAUUACAGAUAUAAACGGGGGUCAAGACAUUCCCUCAACAAAAUAUAGGAAAGUUGAUCACAUCUAUUAAUGUCUUUUAUUUCUGAUGAAAUCAACAUCAUAGGAUAUUAUCUAUUUUAUUUAUCAUGGUCAGUGUCAACAAACAUCUUAACUGUCUAUCAAAACCUUGUCAGUAAGUAAGAAUCUUAAGGAAUCGCAAAGAAGAGUUCAGAAUGAUCAUAAUAUAUCUCUGUCAGUUAUACACAGGAGACAAAAUUACAAACAUGUCACAGGAUUCUACCAACCAAUGAUUUAUAGUACAAAAUGCAGAUUGUUCCAGAUAACAAAUGUACUUUCUGUCAAAGAGAAGCUGAAACAGUAGGACACAUCUUUUCUAAAUGUUUUUAUUCAGUACAAAUUUGUGAGGAGCUUUAUCACUGGUGUUCACACUGAGACCAAUAUUAUUUUAGAGAAAUUCACAUCUUGUUUGGCAAUCAACGGUUCAGUAAGCUAUUAAACCACUUUCUCCUCCUCACAAAACAUCACAUAUACUACAGUCAAGUUAAUCAUUUAAUACCAAACUUUUUGGUGUGUAGAUAUAUUUUCAGAGAAGUAAUGACUGUUCAAAAAUUUUUUGCCUCAAAGAACAACACUAUGACAGAUUGCGAACAAAAACGGUGAAUUUUUCCAGGUCUCCUUUGAGAUAAUUUGUUUGUAUUUUCAUCUACUGGUAUCAAAGUUCUUAAGUUUUUUGUUUUUGAGGUGUUUUCAUUUAGGCAAUAAAAUGGAGUUAUGUCCCUUAAAAGUCUCCUUUAAUCAAAAGAAAUAGAAACCUCAGCCUUCCCUCUAAUGGCCUCCAUCAGUCCAUAGGCCCUUCUUUAUUAUUACAAGAUAUUCAGUGUGUGUUAUGUGUGAAAGUGGUGUGAAGAAGUUGUAAUAAAAGACGGGAGGUAUUUGGAAAAAAACUAUGGUAAAAUGGACUAGGUAAAAAUUUAUAUUUAGUAUGUGUGAAUGGUGUGUGGUAUGUGAGAACCCUCCUGUGGAGAGGGCAUUAUUUGUAAGGGACUGAUCCCAGGGCCCCAACCCUGACAGUCUCAAGUA